AUGAAAUCAGAAUUACAUCGAGUGGACCAUGAAAUCAAAAUGAAACAAUCUAAAGUUAAGGAUAGCAAAAGCAAGAUUAAAAUGAAUAAAGCCUUACCGUACCUGGUGGCGACGGUAGUCGAGCUUCUUGACGUCGAACCAGAUGACGAAGAAGAAGACGGAGCAAACAUAGAUUUAGAUUCACAGAGGAAGGGCAAGUGUGCUGUUGUAAAGACCAGCACUCGUCAAACGUACUUUCUACCCGUCAUCGGGCUCGUUCCUGCCGAGGAGCUUAAGCCGGGUGACCUCGUGGGUGUAAAUAAGGAUUCCUACCUCAUUCUUGAAAAGCUCCCGCCAGAAUUUGACUCCCGAGUUAAGGCUAUGGAAGUUGACGACCGUCCAACAGAAAGGUACGGCGACAUCGGUGGUCUUGACAAGCAGAUCCAAGAGCUCAUUGAGGCCGUCGUGCUUCCUAUGACUCACAAAGAACGAUUUGAAGCUAUUGGCAUUCAACCACCUAAAGGUGUUCUACUGUAUGGGCCACCUGGCACAGGUAAUUAUCAAUAUCAUUAUUUGAAAGUAAAUGACCCACCUUUUGCUCGCUUACCACGUUAG